CCUAUGAAGCCGAGGCGCUUUUCGUCUCCAAAGCUUGUCUCCAGAAUCAUGUCCUCAGACAUGCAGCCGCGGUGCGAUGAAGCGGACCGAAAAACGCCACCACCAUGACAGCAUGAGAACAGUGGCCAUGGCUAUUAACCAUGAAGCUGGAGCCAGACACUCUCAUGAUCCUUCUGUCCAACAAGGCCUCUCUGGUGCUACAUUAAACAAAGACUGUCUGACUAUGCCAUCCCUGUGCAAGAGCGCUUAAAGGACUGCUUAACAUCCUCUGUUCCAUCUGAGUAGGAGGUGGCAACAAAAGACCAAAUGCCAUGGAUGUAUUCAAUUUCACCUACUGGAAUGCCUCUGAAGGCAAUGACACAGAAGUUGUGGAAGAGAGUGAAAGCGCCUACAAGACUGUGGAGGUGGUGUUCAUUGUGUUGGUGGCCGGUUCCCUCAGCUUGGUUACAGUUAUUGGAAAUAUCCUGGUCAUGCUUUCCAUCAAAGUUAACAGGAACUUGCAGACUGUCAAUAACUAUUUUUUAUUCAGUCUUGCAUGUGCUGACCUCAUUAUUGGACUGUGCUCCAUGAACUUGUACACAGUCUACAUAGUGAUAGGAUAUUGGCCACUGGGGCCGGUGGUGUGUGACCUGUGGUUAGCCUUGGACUAUGUUGUCAGCAAUGCGUCUGUCAUGAAUCUUCUCAUUAUAAGCUUUGAUAGAUAUUUCUGCGUCACCAAGCCCCUCAGCUAUCCUGUGAAAAGGACCACCAAGAUGGCUGGGAUGAUGAUUGCUGCAGCCUGGGUCCUCUCUUUCAUCCUGUGGGCACCUGCCAUUCUCUUCUGGCAGUUUAUUGUUGGUGGGCGGACAGUUCCUGAGAAGGAGUGCUACAUCCAGUUCUUCUCCAAUGCUGCUGUUACGUUUGGAACAGCCAUUGCCGCCUUUUACCUUCCUGUCAUCAUCAUGAUUCAGCUUUACUGGCAGAUCUCCAGGGCCAGCAAGAGCCGUGUAAAGAAGGAUAACCGCAAGCCGUCAGGGCCGAACCCAGAGCCCCUGUCACCUGGCCAGAGAAGAAACAAUGCACCAAAACCUAACAAUAAUAACGUACCAGGUGAAGACACGGGACAUUGUCAGAGUCAGAAUGCUGAUGAGGGUGCUAACCAGCAUGAUGGAAAACUGCAAAAUGGCAAAGGACCUUCUACCACAGCUACUACUGCUGAGGGAGAAACAGCUGAGAGUGACGAUGCAGCAAGGGAGAACUGCACUCCCGGAGAAGAGAAAGAGAGCUCCAAUGACUCUACAUCUGGUAGCGUGGCUCCAUCUAACCAGAAGGAAGAGGAGGUGGCACCGUCCGGAGCUAACUCCACAGCCGAGACAAGUCAGCCACUGCCACGUCAGCGAGCCAAGGCAGGUGGCUCUAAGCUGACAUGCAUCAAGAUCAAGACUAAAUCACCUAAGGGUGACUGCUACACACCAUCCAAUGCCACUGUUGAGAUCGUCCCAGCCACAGAGCGACAGAACCACGUGGCACGCAAGAUUGUGAAGAUGACUAAGCAACCUCCAAACAAAAAGAAGAAAGCGGCGCCAUCACGAGAGAAAAAAGUGACCCGCACAAUCAUGGCCAUCCUGGUAGCUUUUGUAGCCACCUGGACUCCUUAUAAUGUGAUGGUGCUCAUUAACACCUUCUGCUCCAGCUGCAUCCCCAACACAGUGUGGACUAUUGGCUACUGGCUGUGCUACAUCAACAGCACCAUCAACCCAGCAUGCUACGCUCUGUGCAAUGUCACAUUUAAAAAGACAUUCAAACAUCUUCUCCUCUGCCAAUAUAAAAAUAUUAGGUCAGGCAGAUAAAUAUGGGCCACUUGGGAGGAAGAUUUUCAGUAUGUGUAUGUGUGCCAUCCAUGUAAACAUGUGUAUGUGUGUCUAUGAAAGAUGUCUGUGAGCAUGAUAUAGAGUGCAAGAGUACAUCUGAAAUUACUUUCCAUCAUUUUAUCAUUAGUUUUCCAAUUUCUUUCUCAAUAACCGGUUGUAGCACUUUACACAUAUUCAACUGAUGCCAGUUACAUUGAGAUGUGUCGUGCAGAGGCAGCGCAGAUAAGGAGGGUUGUGAAAAAUUCAGUGUUAUUCAGAGUUGUAGGCUCCAAAAAUGAGGGUGUGUAAAGCAGAGGGCACUUGGGAGUGACACUGAGCUGAUGAAAAAAAAAAGAAAAAAGAUAAAGAGCAGAGGAAGAUCUACGCUGUACGAAAAAACACAAGAAAAUUUCAAAAUGGGAAAAUAGGGCUGACUGAAUUAACAAACAGAAGUUUGAAGUUCAGUGAAGAUACCUGUAGAUAACUGUACAUAUCAGUGUGUACUCAGUAUUUGUGUAAGUGUGCAUGUGGGUGUGUGCAGGUUUGGAGUUUGUGUAUACACCCAUGUGUGCCUCUGCCUGCCUUCUUUUUGUCUGUCUGUGAUCCUCCUCAUAGCACUUCAAACCAGCAACAUGUAGAAUAAAUUGGGGCAGUUUGUGCAUAUUGCCUUGGACAUGGUGAGAUCGGAAUUGGACACUGCCCUUAUGUGAGUAUGACUUGUCAGCAAUACAUCUCUGAACUCUGAAAUAAUUUAGAUCUGAAAGUGUUGGUUCACCCAAACUACACACGCAAAAAAUCAUGUACCCCAAAUGAUGCUUAGCCAUGCAGAUUGUUGAUUGUUGGAUGGUUUUAUUUGACCCAUUUUAAACAGCUGUUUUUUUUCCAGUCCAUUGGACAUAAAUAUUUUUUUGCUCCUAGCUCUGAAAACUCAGCACAAACAUGUGUUUUCAGAAACAAUGUCCUGGUGACACAGUAUAAAAAAAACUACUUUUUUGUGUUUUAUUUAUUUUAUGUAUUGGAAGGCAUUUAUUUACUGUAUUUUGUCUCAUUCAACUAAUUCAAUCUAAAGUCUAACCUUAAAACUUAAUUCAAGCAGUGUUUUUUUUUUUCUUUUUCCAUACAAAUCUUACCCACAUCAAACUCACUGUAAUGCAACCUGUCAUCUGUCCCUGGAGAAACACGUACACAUAUUUAGUAUGAGAUUGUUCUGUUGCCAAACACUCAUAUGUCAUCGCAUCAACUUUUACAACUCCUGUCACCUAUCUAUGUUAAUUUUAUAGUCACUAUUAAGAUAUUUAUGUUUGAUUUAUAUUUGCUGUCAGAUUCUUCACUGCUAGAAGCCCUCCUACUCAGUGUGAAACAGGUGGUUGGAGCUCAGAGCUGUGGCUUAUUACUGACUGUGGGAAGGCAUUGUUUGUUUUCUCUUUUUCUGUGUGUGUAUGUGUGUGGGGUGUGAGUGGGAGACAUCAUUUAAUCCUGCUGAUUAGUGUAGUGAUGUCACAGUAUUGUGUUAUUGUGUAAAGUCUGUGUGUGUGUGUUUCAGUACUCCAAGAGUGGAGUUUACUUCUGAUCACAGGUCAAAGCCUUGUGAUUUAAAUAAGGGCUAUUUCUGCAUCUUUACAUGUAUUGUGUCUCAUUUUAAAAGUGUUGAAAGUGUCAGUUCAUUAAGCUCAUGUACGUCUUCAUAUUAGAGCUAAAAACAAACAAAAAAAAAACAACAACACAUACACAAAAAAAAUACAUUUGUCCAAGGUAAUUAAUAAAGGUAGUAGGAAAUAUUACUGAUAGACUUCUUCCAUACAUCCACACACGUCAUCCAUCAUGUCAACCUACAAGAGAAGUCUCCAUUACAAUAACGAAUGCUCACCAGUGUGAGUGAUGAAUAUGCAGUAGCAUUUGCCAUCAGGAGGUUGCCACAGUGGCUGGCAGGGGGCUUUACAAAGAAUUACGCCUGCACCGAGUAGCUCCUCAAGGAUGUCUACUUAAAGAGAGAUCUGGGACAGAUCCUAUAAUGAAAACUCACCAUGAGGCUGAUCAGAUUAUAGGACGAUGUGGAACACCUACAUUUGAGAUUAAAGAUUGCCCAUUACACGCUCAGCUUGUGCUUGCAUGCUAUGCGCCUAUGCCCCACUUAGUGCUCCACUCAGUCCUGAUCCUGUUAUAGUCUCGCCUCCUUUUUGAGGUCAUGAAUGUAAUGUAAAUAUCACAUAUACAUUCAUUAACUUGCUGUAUUAUUAAUUUUUGUUGUAGCACUUCAUGAAUUUCUUCCUACAGAGACAUAAUACAGAACGACAGACAAAAUUCUAUUAAUUUUGCAUAUCUAGCUCAUGGACAUUUUUAUUCUUACUAUCUUGUGACAACUUUAAAUUUGUGCUACAUUACAGAAGUGUACAGAAAAGUGCACUAGAUUCUCGUAUCAGUCCAUUUUUUUUCUUAGGCAAAAGUACCAUAACAGUAUUAAAGUGCAAGUAAAUCUCUGUCAAUGUAAAAUUUCAGUCUAUUUACUUAUGUUCUAUCAGUUUUACAUUUCUAAGACCAACAUUUCAAAACCUCAGAAUGUGUCUUAAAAGGUAGAAAUAUAUUCUCUCCAUACAACAAUGAAAACUUAUAAUGUGACUUAAAAUCAUUCCUCACAAUUAUUCUUUUACAAGCAGCACCAAACCACCUGGAAGCCAGAGAAUAUUUUGCAUGUCGAUUAUUGUAUAUAUCCUGUGAAAAUCUUAUUUUGUGUUAUAUACCGGGGUGUGGGCUAAGACAUGACAAGAUGUGACAACAGACUAAAUCAGGUUAGAGUUUGUUCUUCUAAAUUGUGCAAAUUCUAUCAUAUAAAGGAAUAGAUGUAGUCUUUACAAUACAAAUAAAAUCGUAGAAAAGGUACAUGAAUGAGAAUAUGUAUUAGGCAGACUGGAUAAAUAUAUAGAAUAUAGCUAAUAUGCAAUGAAGCAUUUACAAUCAACAUCAUUAUGACUAAUACAGUAUAUUAACAGUAUAUAAACAGUGCAUCAUAUUAUGGGUGGAUCAUAUUUUGUAUUGCAAACACUAUGAAUUAUAUGGUUAGAAGGUAGUUUUAAAUGGAGUCUGAUUAAAGUAUCCUCAAACUUAACUGAAGUACUUCUGAUCAACAGUCAUGGAUGAUCCAUGUUUAUCUAUUCCAGGCAUUCCAACAGGAAUUUAGGCAUCCAUCCAGGUUGAACAUGCAACCAUCCGUCAUGGUGAUAAGUGGAACCAUGUCUGUCUGACAUUUGUCACACAUCUCAGUAGUGGGUAAAGAGCCUUCCAGAAUAUCUUAUUAAUCUUUGCUAAGCUGCCAUUUGAGUGAUACCAGCAGGAGAGUAAGUGGCUCACAACUCAAGCAGUGGUCCAGGGGUCCCAGCUUGAGCUGUUGCUUGGGUGUUUGAUGGAAGGUGAUGGUAGUUUAUCACCUCCCAGAGCAGAAAAGGGCAAGAAGCAGCUAACAAACUAAAGUGCUCACUGUAAUCAUGUCUGCACUGUGCACUUUUACCAUCAGGAGCAAAGUACAUGUAACCUUUUUCACUCCCUGAGUUCCUGUUGUGGAACAGAUGAGAACAAAAAUGUGUUCUCAGGUUCAUCAGCCUGGAAUGUAAAGGGGGAAAACAAAGGCCCAUGACAAAACACACAGUUCAGUGACAGUGAAAGAGAAGAAAGUCAGCUGAUCGCCUUAAUGGUAAACCUUUGUAGGUAUGAAACACUACACAGGUUGACUUUGUUAUCAUGGCUACUGAGGUGAUCGAGGAAGAGAGAAAAGGAGGGGUGGGGUUGGGAGGUGGUGGGGUUGGGAGGUUGUCACUGACAAAAUCCAAAGCUAGAGGAUCAGACUGCAUGUGGACCAUGUUUGGAGAAGUCACAGUUGUUCAACGCAGGUCAGCCAAGGGUUCUGCUGCAGGAAUUUGAGUGUCCCAGAUGAAACUUGCAGUCUGGUGUAAACACAGUGUGAUACAAUACUGUUUACCAUCCCUCCUGUGAUUUUAUUGCGUCUCAUUCCCAUGCUGUGCAAACAUAAUCUUGCUUUGUGACCCAUGUGGUUAUUAUGAUCACAGCCGUCUCUUUUUACGAGUCCAUUCACAUACAUAUUGUGCACACGUCAACGAUGCAUAUUCUGAUGUUCAUCUGUCUAAUAUUGGCAGAGUAAACAUUGUCACUAUUGUAAUCAACAGAUCAUAAUGUGCCGUCAGAGCUAACUGGGCUCCUCUUCAUACGGCUAAUGUCAAAGGGCUAUACUCCUUUUACGGAGAAGAAAUGACAUAUAAGGUUAUUAGAGAUGACUUCAAAUGAAAGGUUUCUUUGUCUUGACUUGUGAAGUCAAGGUUGGGAAUAAUUUCAGCAAUUGUUAAGUUGCAGCAGCCAUACAGAAGUGAAAAUGCAGCAGCUUGUACAUGCUGUCCGCAUUUUAUGAGAUGAAAAAUAUAUAUCGCCAGAUUGUACAGAGCAAUUUGAAGUGCCUUAGCCAGAGUGACAUAAACAAAUUGCUCUUUUAUCUUAAAAUCCCUUUUGUAUCUUUGGUGUGUUUGUGCUGAAAGUUAUAGAUCUCACUGCAGUUUGAUCCCCAGCUUUCCCAAUUUAUCUUUAGUUUUUAUAUGUGUGUGCACGUGUAUGUGUGUGAAUCACAGAUACUGUGUUUCUCAGCUCUGAGCUCCCAUUACUGUAAUUUCCAUCUUAUCAGUCAUUUCCAGAUUUUGGAGGCAAUAAAAGAUUGUAGUUUGAACAAUCUAAAACUAUCAUCUCUAUGUCUCUCAAUUAAUCUAUCAAAACACAUUCACCAUACAGUUACUGCUACAAAACAUUUCAAUAUUGUCCUGGAGGCACAGCAGGCUGUUUUGGUUGAUUUUUCCAUAUUUUAGGUGUGUGUUGGAUGUGUGUGUGUGUGUAUGUGUGUGUGUGUGUGUGUGUGUGUGUGUGUGUGUGUGUGUGUGUGUGUGUGUGUGUGUGUGUGUGUGUGUGUGUGCAUUCAUAAUUGUCAUAUUGGAAAUUGCGCUUCAUCCGUGAAAACUCUGUAUGUCAUGAUAUCAGGAUCAGUGCUGUCAUUUGUAUGAGUGUGUAUGUGCAUGCAACUUGUUGUGUGGUGUUCUGUUCUUUGUUUUCAAGGCAUCCUCAGCAUGAAGACUUCAGAUUGGACACAACAUCAUGGCAUACAUCAGGGAAGAUGCACACAGUGUGAUUGUCUAUUUCUCUGUGAUCACUCCUUCCUCUUCAAACACUCUUUCAAUAGCAACAGGCUUCCAAAGACUCACUCGGACACAGCUUUGUGUGAUACUCGAAUACAUAUAAAUACAUUAUAUUGUACAUUUUCUAUCACAUUUUAUAAACCUGUUUGCUUUAUCAUUGUACAAAGUACAGAUGUAGUAUUAUAAAUUAGAAUAUAUUCAGUGUACAGCUAAAGAUUUUUUCUUUCUUUGAUCUGAAAUGUAAAAAAAAAAAGGGUUUAUUGAGAAUAUAUAGAUAUGGAUAUAAUGAAAGUGUCAAUGAGAAAAUAAUUGUAAAAGUAGGAGGUAUAAAUAUGUAUGUGCAUUUCUGCAUGCAUGAUCUGCUAAGAAAUGGAUUCAUGCCUUGCAAAAUGAGCGACUGGAUCCAAACUUUUAAUCUUUAAUGGAACGUUCCAGGGGAUUUGAAGAGGGACUUUUUCAGCCAGAAAGGAAAAUGAGCAAACCUGGAAACCUGGAGGAGGACAAAGGCUAAAACUAGUUUCAGUGUGACCCAAAGGCCCAGAGGCAGGGCCUUCAUUUUGCUUUCACCUGUAACUUUAUGAGGUUUCACACUCACCUUGGGAAGACGCUUGGUUGCCUGUUACCUUACCAGGCACACUUCAUAACUUUUGCAAUUUUAACAUCCUGGAGAAAAGGUGUAUUUUUUGUGGUGCAGCCAAAAUGUUGAAGUUCUUUGACCCAAACUGAACUUCAUUAUGGGCAAUUUAUGACAAAAACAACAAAUAAAAAUAAAUAAUUAAAUAAAAUCCGUAGCCUGCUACAGUUGUUAAUGUACAUAAAAUUGUUCAUUUUUCAUUUGCUUACGUAUGUAGAUGUUCAUUGUGUAUUCACUCACUGUGGCUUGUGGCUUCUCUUGCAAUAGGAAAAAUGAAUUUAACAAGUCUAUUGUUUGCAUUGUAUAUAACUAUAUGAUAUCCAUUAUAUGUGAUUCGGAUGCGAACCCUUUGAACUGUACAUACACGUGUUUAAUAGCUACUAUCUGAAUGUUUUCCCCUGAAGAUCCCUCAUUUAUUCUCUUCCCCUCUUCCCCCCAUGACUCUUCCUGUACAGUAACAAUGGUAUUGAUUUCCUUUAUGAUGCAUUCUUGAUUGAUUAUUUGUUCUGGACAAAGAAUCUGAGUGUUACUAUCACUGACCACCUAUGACACCGUAAAAUGAACUGCAUCAAGUGGUUACAUUGUGCCAUAAUCUCUCCGAAUGAAAUUCAAAUAAAAAUAUAUGAAAUGUGUUUGA